AAGCGAACGCCUUCGGGUUACAGAACGCACCCUCGCCGGAUGAGAGGAGAAGGAAAGAGGGAGAGAAAUGGACGGCCAGAAUCUCACCAUACGCCACGUUGACACGUCUCGCCCGUCUCUUGGAUUCCCUCUAGGGACGGCUCUUCUCCUCAUAACCAUCUUCUGCUUGAGCGGGAUCUUCUCGUGCUGCUAUCACUGGGACAAGCUUCGAUCCCUCCGUCGAUCUUUCUCGCGCGGCUCGAAUCCAGACGCAGAUGACAUCGAAGCGCCUUCGAAAUCCACACCUGCACACGUGGAUUUGAAGCAGAAUCAAAACCAGAGCUUGCCGGUUCUAAUGCCAGGAGAUAGCAUUCCCAAGUAUAUAGCAUGGCCUUGCCCAUCUGCGCCUUAACCACUUGUCUCAUAGUUUAUUUACUUUCAGCCCAUUUGCAUGUAUAUUAUGGAAGAUGAAUUAAAAAUGCUCCCUUUUUUGUAUUA